UAAAAGAGCAGGUGCAGGAUUUUCCCCGUUUUUGGCGCUUCUGUUUCAACUAAAACUACAACACAGUCGUUCAGAAACUGACAGAAACAUGUCGGACGUAGGAUCUGAGGAGUUCGAGGAUGAACAAAAUAAACUCGGGGAGUAUGAAGGAGGCAGAAACGAAGCUGGAGAAAGGCACGGAUUCGGGAAAGCUAUUCUGCCCAACGGAGACAUUUAUCAGGGAGACUAUCAGAACGGGAGAAGACACGGACAGGGGACAUAUCGCUUCAAGAAUGGGGCGAGAUAUGUAGGGAACUACCAGCAGAACAUGAAACAUGGACAGGGAACCUUCUACUAUCCCGAUGGGUCCAAAUAUGAAGGGUCGUGGGUUGAGGGUAUGAGACAAGGUCACGGUGUCUACACCUACCCCAACAAAGACACCUAUGAUGGAGAGUGGCUGCAAAAUUUGAGGCACGGACAGGGCAUUUACCACUACCAAGAAACUGGCUCUAAGUUCAAGGGCACUUGGGUGAACGGCAAGAUGGAGUCAGCUGGAGAGUACCUCCAUACUAACCACAGAUUCAUGGGCAACUUUAUCAACAACUAUCCGCUUGGCCCGGGGAAGUAUGUGUUUGACAUCGGCUGUGAGCAGCAUGGAGAAUACCAGAAAGCAGAGCAGGAUUCAUCCUGUCCUCUCUCCAGCCUUUGCAGGACAGAGCUGAGGGUGAGUGGGAUGCCACUGUCCUCAAAUGGAUUCCCAAAUGUGUCACAGGCCUAACAACAGAAACUCCUGGGAAAGAGACUUCAGGUGAAAUUCAACAGUGACGUGCAAGCCAUGAUUGUAAAACUACUGUCUGAUAGCAGAACCCCAUACAGAAGGUUACUCUUGCAACCCUAGAGAUUUUGAAUUUGAAAACACUGAAAAUGUUAAAACUUUAAAAAAUGUUCAGUAAAAGGCUAAAAUUUUUAUAAAUAAUUGUCAAUAUACUUGUUUUAGGGCUACACAAUUAAUAAAAAGUUAAUUUUGA